UGUGAGUGCAAUGUGACGGCUGGCUGCUGUAAAACUGAAGCAGUGAGAUCACACAGGGAGAUGGACAAGGGGUGGUUGGGGUAGUAUAAAUGCUCAGCUAUAGUGCCACAUCCUCAAAAACAGGACAGGUGAAGCAGACAGCAUAUUUCGGAGUAAAGACGAGUGAUUAAAACUUCACCUUUGUUUUGUCAGUUUUAGCUAAUUCAACUGAAAGAUCAGCCUAAGUGGAUUUUAAAGACGGCAAGAUAUUUUCAAAACCCAAGGAGUUGUUUCUAUCACAGGUGGUUUUAGCAUCAGUGUCAGAAUGUGUUCAGGCAGUUUUGCCAAGUGUCUGGGGAUCACCCUGAUUCCUCUAGCAAUAGUGUGUGUGCUGUGCAACAUCCUCCUCUUCUUCCCCGGCGGUGAACCCCCGGAGGACGGACACAUCACAGAGCAGGUCUGGUAUUUUGGAGGCAUUCUGGGAUCUGGAGUGCUGAUGAUCUUCCCAGCUCUGGUCUUCCUCGGCCUGAAGAACAAUGACUGCUGCGGUUGCUGUGGCAACGAAAGCUGUGGGCGGAGAUUUGCGAUGCUGAGUUCCAUACUGUUUGCAGGUGUUGGGGUUUUGGGGGCUGGUUACUCAGUCAUAGUUUCUGCUGUGGCCAUCAACCAUGGACCUGAGUGUGUGGUUAGCAAGAUCGACACAUAUAAGGAGUGGGGCAGUCCCUUCUCAAAUGGAGACUACCUGUCCAACAAAACUUUCUGGUCGCUGUGUUUAGAGCCGCACGGCGUGGUGUCCUGGCAUCUGUCUCUGUUCUCCGUGCUGCUGGUUAUGGGUAUAAUCCAGAUGGCGCUGUGUGCUGUGCAGGUGGUGAACGGCCUGCUGGGAGCUCUGUGUGGGGACUGCUGUGGCUGCUGUGGAGGGAGUGAUGGAGCUGUCUGAGUGCUUCCUGCAGCUGUGAGAGUCUGAGGGUGGCUGGGUUUUCCUGUAUUUAUUGUGUUUUUUUUGUUUGUUUGUUUGUUUGUUUGUUUUUUUCGAGGACGGAAGUAAUUUCUUGUUUUAUCUACUUUACAUGCUGUAGAAAUUUGAGCUCAUUGAUCACAGGAUGUGAGUUUUUUAACACCACCAGUGAAAUGACAGAGCUCUACAUUUAAAAUGUUUACUCCAUCGAAAACAUUAAUGACUCCAACUUCUCAUUAUUCAGUCUGAAUGUCUAUCUCUUGCUUUUUUAUAAAAUAUGUUAGAAAUUUUCAACACUAACCACCUUUUAUGAUUUUCUUGUUUGUACCUGCUCUUGCCUUUUAGUGAUGUUGUGGAGUGUGAUGGUGAUACUGCAUUAAGCAGUAAAUAAAGAUCCUAUUUUUAUAUACAAAUGAUUUGUUUUUUCUAGACAAGAUGAAAUGAUGAUAGUAACCUGCUGGAACAAUAAUUUUCCGUCUCAUCUUCAACAUGUUGAAUUUUCCUCCUACAUCUCAUGAAUGCCCCCUGCUGGACAUUUAGACUCAAAAUUACUGAGCAUGAAUAUUUUAUUCCAAAUGUUAUCUCUGGCUUUCCAUGCUAAACCCUUUGUUGUCUCAGUCAAUCGUCUCAAUAAAAGACAGAGGUGUUUUUAUUUUGUAGUAGGUUACAGGAAGAUAUUUAACACUAUGUUUACUAUUUUUCCUGAAUUACCCAUUGUGAGACCUAAUGUAACUGUAUGGGUUUUUGUAUUUCUCUUUUAUCUACACAUUCUUUCUCAUGAGGCAUUAACUUGUCUGAUCUGUUAUCAAUUAAAAUAUAUCUUUCUCUAA